UAGAUGUUCAUUCCCCCUGGCUGUGUUGUUAUAUUUUGUAUCACGUUAAAAGUUUCAAUAAAGGUUUUAAAAAAUGUUUUCUUUUAUCUACCGGAAGUGAGUCCGUCUCUGAAAUCGUUCCGUCACUACUAGUUUGUGCAGCAGCAGAUUUCACCCGGGCAGCUUUUUGACACAUUUGACACCCAGCUACCUGUGGUCCAGCGGGUUUUAUCAGAACAUGAAACGCAGGUUAUGUGAACGUUUGGUGAUUAAAACCCCUCGCAAUUAGUGAGGCAGUGUGGGGAACAAAGAGGACAUGGACGGACAGAUUAUUCAGGACUCAAUGUCUUCUGUGUCCGUUGGGAUGUCAGAGUUGUCCGAUGAGAUCCUGCUGUGCAUCCUCCGUCAUGUUCCUGUGUGUGACCUGCUGACAAACGUGGCCAACGUCUGCCAAAAGUUGCACACACUUUGCCGUGACAAGACCCUGCUCGCAAACGUCACACUAUCUGAGGAAUAUCUGGCUGAUGAUCAGUUGGUUCGCCGCAUCCUGAGGCAGCUGGCCAAUCACGUGCAGUCCCUGAGUCUGAACGGCUGCUACUGGCUGUCUGCUUCCACCUUGGACGUUCUGGCACGGUGCAGAGGAGUGACGCGUCUCGAUGUCACUGGCUGUCGCCUCACUUCCCUUUGCCUGUCGCGCCUCCUGUCCUCUCUGUCGUCACUCAGGUCCCUGGCCUUCGACGUGAGGCCGUGCUUCAACUCCGCUCAGCUCAGCUCGGAGGCGGUGGACUCGCUGAGCCGCCUGACGGAGCUCAGGCAGACGCUCUUCACGCCGAGCUACGGUGUGGUGCCGUGCUGUGCUAAACUUAGCAAGCUCAUGCUGCAGUUUGACAUCCCAGAUGUGACCAGAGAAGGUGUCGGAGUUUGCUGCCAGUUGAUGGUUGGUCAGAGCAGUGUGCCACAUUAUGAACAGCUGGAAGAGUUCACAGCCAGGUUGGCUCCAGGAGAGGUGAACCAGACCCUGCUCCUYCUCUACCUGGCAGUCUUCAGCGUCCACAUUCCGAAGCGUCUCCGAGUUUUCCUCGUGUCGAUUCCCGGCCCGAGCCCGGCMCACUGGCCUGCGGCGCCCUCGCUKGCUCAGAGCYUGGGUCAGAGGGGGGACCUGGUGGCGCUGCAGCUGCCCCGGUCCUGGCUGGACCCRUUGUCUCUGAAGCGAGCGCUGGAGGGAAACAGCCCCAGACACCUGAGCUUCAGCCGCUGCCCCGCGCUGUGGCCGCAGGUGCUGCAGUCGCUGCUGAACGGAGGAGUCCAGGACGCGGCGCAGCUCGUCAGCCUCAACCUCAGCGGCAUCAACCACUUCCCUUACUCCGAGUGCAGGAACGGGGAAGGUCAGCUGGUCUCUGGGACAAUGGGUCAGCUGGCUGCCGCCUGCGCCAACAUGAAGCACCUGAACCUGAUGCACACACACUACCAUCAUGAACGCUCACACGGGCUGGGUGGAGAAGCUCACCUGUGUGCCAGCUUGGGUCAGUUCAAACAGCUGCGCUCUCUCACGCUGCCUGCGUGCGCUCUGUCGGACGGGGCGAGCGAGAGUCACGCCUCCGCGCGCAUAUCGGCCUCCUCUCCGUUGUUCCAGGGACUGAAGAAGGCUCCACGCGUGGGCCUCCAGAACUACAGACCCGACUCAGAGUCCUCUCUGUCGGGGGACAGCACUUCAGGGCUGGCGUCGCUCACGGCCGGCUGCCCCUUUUUGGAAACGUUUGAGCUCAUCGGGCCGGGUUUCGCCUCGGCACUGCCUCGCCUCGAGCCCUGCACUCGCGCCAGCGUGGAGCCUCGCGGCAUGUGCGCCUGGGCGCGAGGCRUCGGAGACGCACACCUGGCAGCGCUCGAGGCUUUGCCUCGCCUGCGCUGUUUGACUCUAGCUGGACUUCCCGGAGUCCUYAGAGGAACAGGACUGGUGCAGCUGGCCAGGCGGUGCAGAGACCUGCGAGUCUUAUCCUUGGCCAAUCUGGGCUCACUGAAAACUAUGAACUACACAGCUGCCUUACUGGAGAUGCUCAAACAGUGCACUCAGCUGCAGGAGCUCAGGUUGGAGCAGCCCCACCUGAAUGCCAACGCGUCUUUCUUUGAGGCCCUAUCCUGYUGCUCUCGCCUGCAGCGGCUCUGCCUCAUCUCCCGUAGCGGCACCUUCGACCCGUCAUCCACAGAGAGCUUCAUGGAGCGAUGCCGCCAAGUCAUCAUGUGCCACAUGUUCAUGAGCGGCACCUUGGUGACAUGUCGGACGUUGCAGAAAGCUCUGCUCGACAGAUUUUCGGCGGAGCGCACGGCGCUCAGCGUGGUCAUCUACCCGUUACAGCACGAAGACCUGCCGUCUGUCAUCCGAGGAAUUCCACUAACGCUGCUGGAUCGGAUCACUUUAUUUCAGAGCAACGUGGCACAACCACCUCAUUUGUCGCCACUGUGACAUCAUCUUCAAUUCACAAAUGAAAGAAASUAUUUGUGUAUCAGCUCUCAGACUUACAUCAGCAACAGUUUUUUUUGCACCUUGUCAGCCAUGACUGUUUACAUUUGCAUAACAGUAAUAGUGAUUUUAAGGGACAUUGCCCCUCUCAGGCAUUUGAGUUUUUUAUUUGUGACAUUUCACAUGUGGUGCUACUUGAACAUCUCAGUCACAGAUUAUGUCUGUUUUUUGUGCCACUCUUACUCUUAAAAUAAGUGCCAGAAAUGUUGACAAAGGAUGGUGUUGUAACAAUACUACAUUAGGGCUUUACAUGACAAACACAUGGUGUAAUAAAGUAAUGUAGUAAAUUUUAA